CGGAAAUCAAGGGGGCUCUAAUUAUUAUACACUCGGGAAUAUUGACGAAAAUCAUUAGAGAUCUGGUGGAAUACUAUCCCAGGUCAGCAACGUAAAUCUGAUUCUAUGAGUACAACUAAAAAUCACCAAGUCAAAACCUCUCCGGGGACGCGCUCAUCAUCCACGAGCCGUAUUCGAUUCUGAUGCAUCAUGUAUCGCAAUUACGAGGAUUGAUGGCCAAUUUUGAGAGUGAUGCAGACAUGCAGAGAAAGGCCAACACUAUCAUACAGCGUAAGCAUCUGCAGGUCCUCCUGGAUUUCAUUGGGCCCAAGUAUCAGGAACUAUGCUCUGGCCCUAUCAAAAGACUGUCUCAGGCACUGCCGACGAUACACUUUUCCGAUAUUUGGUAUCUAAUGAAGCCCGGCUCUAUGGCUUACGCUAGAUGGGAAGACCAAUGGAUCGGAUGCGUCAUCGAAAGUUCAACGAGGAUACCACCAAAUCUCUUCGAAAGCACCCAGGAAAAGUGGGAAAUUACGAUUUGGUUUCUUCGUGCUUCUUGGUCUUCCGACAUAGUGGGUUGUGCUACGAUGAAGAUGACAAUCGACAAUUUCGAUGGGGAGAAGCAUAUAUACCAUCUGCCUAUCAUACCACGUGAGAUCCAUGACCGCUCUGAUUCAAAUGCGAGAAGAAUCCUAUUGGAAGAACGGGGUUUGAAAGUCUGUGAAUUCCUCCAAGGAAAUUCCAGGCAUCUAGGCUAUAAGGGAGAAUGUCUAGACUAUGCUAGGACUCGUUAUAAUGGUCAAAUCAUUCUGGGCCAAGCUUAUGGAUUGGACAUUUCCUUUCCACCGAAUAAUUGGACUUUUACCUGGAAUCCAUUGAGCAGCAUCAGCCACAGAGGUCUUAUGAUCACAUCUGAAGGCGUUGCAGACGUUUUGGAUGCGGAGGCUAACAACUUCGAUGUCUUUUCGUAUGACCAUAUGUUUCUAUUGUCCCCAUGCCUGAGUGCGUUCGUGUUGAGUCUCAAGACUUGGUUUCCCAUCAAUGUGUCAAACAUUCACAAGUUGAUGCACCCUAGUCGAGAUAGCAUUCCCACGCCGAUAAUCGACCCAGAGAAGCACGCUCUAAUGCUUGCCUUGAUCGAAUCGCAGUUGCCCCGUGGCGGUCUUGAAUUUGCUGACUACUAUGGGGAGAAGGGAAAUGGUGUUGUGUUGUUAUGCACAGGGGGUUCCGGCGUUGGCAAGCACCACUACGUUGAAACUAUUUCAAUGCUUACGAGAAGACCUCUUAUAACACUGUCACGACGGGAGUCUAGUGCAUUCCGAUAUCAGACGGAUCUUGAGAUUAUGAAGUGGUUCUUCUUGGCCGAGAAGUGGAAUGCUAUAUUAUGCCUGGACAACCCCGAGAAUCCAGCUAUCAUUAAUACUAUCGAAUAUUUCGGCGGGGUCCUGUACGUGUUACAGACUUUAGGGGAAUUGACGAGUUCUAGACCCAGCAUACUUACAUCGCGAGCAAACCUUGUUCUAGAUAUGUAUAUGCUUGAUGUACCACAGAGAGCUCAAAUAUGGAGGAAUCUGAGUGUCGACAUUGAGAGUCGAUAUUCCCACAUACACUUAAGCCAAGGUGCUCAGGCAUUCCUUGAUUCUCAAGAUUUGCAUAGCAUCGAAUGCAAUGGCCACGAGAUCGUUCGCUGUUUCCAAUCAGCUGUCGCACUUGCCACGUUUCGUGCGAAAAGUUCGAAGGUCAACCCGAAGCGUGCGGCCGAGUCUGAAAUCAUCAUUGAAGCGGAGCAUUUCAAAGACGUUAUGAACAUGGCUUAUUCAUCUAAACAGAAUAAAGCAACAACAACUACCGGUACCACCCGCAUGUCACGUUCACAAGAGCGGUUUCAGGCGAAAGUCAAAAGCUCGGGGGAUGCCCAAGAUAGUGCAGAUCAAGAGGAGGAAGACAGUCAAGAUGAGCAAACCUCAACACAACUCCCCACUCUCUCCGCCACAGCUCCCUCAGCCCCUAUUGUAUUGAACAGUGACGUCAACUUAUGUAUCCCAGACUUAAACUUUGUCGAGUGGGAGAAUUUUCAGAUUUUGGGUCGUGGUGAACUAUUCCGCACAACCAAGUUUUAUGCAAUCGAUGUUCUAGUGGAUGAACCUAUUGUGCUUCUAGACGCACAAACACAGCAACAGAAACGACACAGAAAUGCGGUACGCACCAGUUCUAAUAUUGAUACUCUGCAUCCCAUCAAAACCCAACAAAGAAUCAUUCCGGCGAGUCAGAAUCCGUUGCCUGAGAGAAUCCGAGUCAACUCGCCUGCAAUCAGAAAGGCGUUUCGCGAAAUUCACGAUGAAGAAGGUCCUGGUCAUGCCAAACCAUUCUUGAUAUUUCGGCCUUUUAGGUCUCUACUCUACUACGAGGAAGACUUCAAGGAGUUGGCCGCGAAGAAGUACAAAAACAAAUCAGUCAAUGAAGAACCAGGACAAGAUGGAAGCAGUAGAAUCCCGAAAGUCCAUCAACAAUUGGGUGCAGAUCCAGAGCUGGAGGAGAUCCAAUGUCUCUUGUCAUUCAUUGAUAUCAUCAAGAAGAAACAGCAGGCAUUUGAUGACUGUUCAUGCAAGAAGGUCACUUUCAGUGAUAUCUGGCUGCUCUUCAAUCCAGGAGAUGUAGUGAUAACCAAAAAGGUUACUCAGGCAUAUCGGGUGAUCAAGGUGGUGAAUCCUACUCAUCGAUACAAAGAUCCAAGAGAGAAGAAAUCCAGAUCUUGGCAGGACCAGACCAAGGCCGAGAUCGAAGACACGCCUGUCCAAGUAAAUGUGGUUCGUAUUGAAUUUGACGGAAGCUCACUUGGGCCGGUCAAAAGCACCAUCAACAUAAAGCGAUUCGAUGGCGAGAAAGAUAUUCAAUCGUUGCCUAUCUAUCCAUUGAAAUUUUCAACACAACCUCAGCACCGAGCCAGCCUCAUCGAGCGCGGGAAGCUCUUCAUGGAGGUAAGCCCACGGAAGCAUAUGCACUUCUCUGGUAUCACGCUCGAGAAUCGGGAUGAGGUAGAUAGCCAAGUCAUCAUUGACUUUGAUGAAGCAUUCUACCGUUAUCCUAGAUGGAGGCUCAAAUUGAUGUCUCUGAACGAGAUAAAUUCGGCUGAGCCCCGAAUCCCAGAGAGCGAAGACGAGUCUGACUUCGACUCCGAGAGGGAUGUUAGUAAUACGCGACUCUUCUCUUACAGAAGAUCAAAAGUUCGGGAGCGGGGGCACAUUGACAACGAGGAUAGCGAUGGACAGCACGCCACGCCUAAAACCACAAGUACUUUGUUACGGUCUUGCCUGAAAGAGUGCUGCGCCAAUGAGCUAUGCUAUGAUGACAAAUGGGUGGAUGAUCGACGAAGGGAAGAAUAUAUUACCUCGUCCAUCAAAAAUGCAGCGGCGAAGAAGCCAUCUGUGGGACUUGUGUCUCGGUCGCUCAUUCAGACCAUGGGAGAUGAUAGUCUCACGGAGGACGAUCUAAUGAUCUUACCACACCGAGUAUUUGGAUUCAUCUUGCGCAGCCGGAAGUGGGCUAAAUUGGACCUGUCGGGAAUCAGCCGCGUAGCAGUGCUAAGUGAUGCUGAAGGAUUUGACCAACUCGUCUUGCCACCUGGGCACAAGGAAAUGGUAAAGUCAAUGAUUCGCCAGCAUUUUCGUGAAAAAGCUAUAUCACCGUUCGAGCAGGACCAAGGAGAUGUUGUGCGUGGCAAAGGAAAGGGAUUGAUUAUGCUCUUGCACGGCGUGCCAGGUGUUGGGAAAACGUCGACAGCAGAAUGUGUUGCAGAUUCCUUUGGCAAGCCACUAUUCCAGAUAACAAGUGGCGAUCUUGGAACCACGGCCAAAGAAGUUGAAGCAGCGCUCGAGGAGAACUUUUCAUUAGCAAGUCGAUGGGAUUGCAUUCUGCUCAUCGAUGAGGCGGAUGUAUUUUUGGCGGAAAGAACAAAAGAGGACUUCAUUAGAAACAGUCUUGUAGCAGUGUUCCUGCGUGUACUGGAAUACUAUGCAGGUGUUUUAUUCCUCACCACCAAUCGUGUGGGUGUUUUUGACGAAGCAUUCACUUCACGCAUCCAUAUCAGUUUGUACUACCCCCCUCUCAAGCGAGAUGCAGCGCACUUGAUAUUUGAAAAGAAUAUGGACAAAAUAAAGUCGCGGUACGCGAAGAGUCAAAGACAGAUUGAUAUCAAAGUGUCAGAGAUAACGAAGUUCGCGCUAGACUACUACGAUCAGAACGACCAGGGGCGGUGGAAUGGCCGGCAAAUCCGCAACGCAUUUCAAACUGCACUGGCGCUUGCAGAACUUGAGGCUCUCGGACCAAAUGAAAAGAAUGUUACCAACGCUGUCGUCACCCUUGGACGAGCAAACUUCGAGACUGUUGCCACGGCUUAUAAAGGCUUCAUGGACUAUCUGAAUCAGACAUAUGGUGGGACAUUUGCUCGAAGGGCCCGUGAGAAUUUGUGGCGAUCCGACACAUUUGGUAUGCCCAGGGUGCCGAACCCCUUAACAACAAGACUGAGAUCAACGGGAUCUGAACAACGAAAUCCUGACUACUGGCCUCGGCAGAACUAUUCCGGGUUCAAUCAAAACAGUAAUGCACCACAACAGUUUCCUCCACAAGCCAGUGGCUAUACUGGCUAUUAUAGCGAGCAGCACCGAGAUCCGCAGCUCGGUCCUCAGCUAGCACAGCAGUAUCCUAACCCGCCAAGUGAUACCGCUCCUCAACCACACUCGGCUGGGUAUGUCGCGUACCCUCAUCGGACGCCUUCCGAGUUGCAGCCGGACGGCCACAGGAUCCCGCCAUACGCUGAUAUACAUAAUGCGCAGCACACAGGGGCUCGACCUGGCUUCAGCGGCCAUACCGGCCAUGAAACAUCGCCACAAACAGCAUCCAACCCUAGCCAACCUGGCUAUGGCAGUCACUCUGGCGCAAGUCUACCACCACAUUGGCCUGCAAGGAGUUGAGACCAGGAUGAUGAUUGUCCGGUUUUUCUUUGCUUCUUCUUUUCUUUUUGACGCGGUUGGAGUGUGCGGAAGGAUCUGAAGGGAUAAAACAACUGGAGCAGAGUGGACUAAUGAUUUUGACUCUCUCUGCUAUACACACACACACACACACGACAUCCUUUCAUCGCCUCCUUCAAUUUAUAACGUUGAUUCACUCAUUUUAACUGUCGAGAUUGGUAUAAAUAUUACUAUGAACCGAAGGAAAUUUAUUUUUCGAAAAGAGUUUACGUAGAAUGCAAACUCAUUACACCAGGCAAAGCCGAUGAACGAAAAUUCAUUUGCCAUCGACACUAAUGUUUAAUGGACUUAUCACUU